GUUUAGCACUUUGCAACAUGAUCCACGGAGAGGCCGGGCUCUGCGGCGCUGCAUCCUGCCCCACCGCCCCGCAUGGUGACUGGAUAGAGCCGCGGUGAAGCGGGGGAUGAGAAAGACAGAAAGCCAACCUCCUCAGUCUGCUAGCAGCAUCAGCAGAUCUGGACAAAGAAGGAGGCAGGAAAGAUGAGGCAGACGGGGAUUGAAGCUUCCUAUUAUUUCGGUCUGCGUCAAACCUCCGGGUCCGUCAGGAGAUGAAGCCAUCAGUGCCUCUUAAAGGACUUUUUGGGGUUAUUUGCUGCAGGGGCCCAUGUUAGAGUCAGUGAUGGUCCCCCCAUCUUCUGCAUUCUGAGGAGAAAUUGUCCAGUGGGAGCGGAGAUUAGAAGGAAGAUGCAAACAUAACUAACAACAGGUUACUUUGUCGCCGUUAAUCCAUAACAAGCUAUUUAAUUUAUUUUUGUUGUUCAUCAUGAGCUCCCUGUUUUUUUGCGAACCUCCGCCCGGUCCGGUGACCAGCGCCCUGCGGAACGACCUGGGCUCCAACAUCCAUGUGCUGAAAACCCUCAACCUGCGCUUCCGCUGCUUCCUCGCCAAAGUCCACGAGUUGGAGCGCAGGAACAAGCUGCUGGAGAGCCAGCUGCGGCGCGCCCUGCAGCGGCCGCUCUGCAGGCAUCCCUUUGGCCGGGAGGUCGCCGUGCAGACUGACGGACCCGAGUCCAGGCUGCCGGGGACCAUCUGGAGUUUCACCCACAUCCGGAGGCAAGGGGAGCGCUUCGAGACCCUGCAGGGGCCCGGAGUGACGUGGACGCACCCGGACGGAGUCGGAGUCCAGAUCGACACCAUCACGCCUGAACUGAGGGCUCUGUACAACGUGCUGGCCAAAGUAAAGCGAGAGAGAGACGAGUAUAAGAGAAAAUGGGAGGAGGAGCUGUCCAGGCGAGAGCAGCUGGAAUCAACUGUGGAAUCACUACAGCAGAGCGCCAGGGAUUCAUCAGAAAUCCAGGAUGAGCUGAAUGAGAAGGUAGACAGACUCAAGGCUGAACUUGUGGUCUUCAAGAGCCUGAUGAGUGACGAAAUGUCUGACCUGGACACAAAGAUCCAAGAGAAAGCCAGAAGAGUUGACAUGGACAUCUGCAGACGUAUCGACAUCACGGCCAAGCUGUGCGAUGUGGCUCAGCAACGCAACUCGGAAGACAUGUCAAAGAUGUUUAAUGUCAGCCCAGCCAGGUCGCUUCCAGAGAAGGGUGCCAUGGCCUGCUGCAGGAGAAAGGAACGUAAGACCAUCUCAGAUGAGGAGAACUCCGAAAUGGAUGCCGAGCCAAGCACUUCUGAGGAGGAGGUCCCUGGAUCGCUCAACAUCACGGAUGAGAUGAAGCGCAUGCUCAACCAGCUACAUUGCUCAGAUAACUCAUUUGUUGCUAGGCGUGAGGCAUUUGAAAUCGACGAUGACUGCGACAGUCUGACAUGGGAGGAAAACGAGGAGACCCUGUUGCUGUGGGAGGAUUUCACAAACUACAACAUGCCAUGCACCAUCGCUGCAACGACCUGCACUGCCGCCUGCCCAUGCGAAGCCAGCGCCGAGGCUGCUGAUCCGGAUUCACAGGAUGGAAGUCUUGGCAGCCUCAUUGAUGAAACAGAGUCACUAUUUAAAAACAGGGAGAAGGAAUACCAGGAGACCAUCGGACAGAUUGAGAUGGAACUGGCCACAGCAAAGAGCGACAUGACCCGACACCUGCACGAGUACAUGGAAAUGUGCAGCAUGAAAAGAGGCCUGGAUGUGCAGAUGGAGACCUGUCGACGGAUGAUUAAAGGUGGCAGGAAUUCUCCUUCUUUUAGCUCGGUGGCCAGCAGCGACUCAGGGAACACAGACGAGAUCCAGGAUGAGAUCUCUGAUAAGGAUGCAGAGGCUGAAGUCCCGCUCAGCUGAUGGCUGUGUGCCUGGGUUUUAUCCCAUCUCCUGUUGUCAUUGGAGUUUAGAUAUGAACAGUGUCAUCCUGGCCGGAGGUGGAAUAAGCUUAACAUGGUGCAGGCUACUGGUGCUUUUAUACUGUUUCUGCUGGUGGUGGGGGUGUCUCUGCUUCCUGAAUGCAGACACCAAGCUGUGCUCUCUUUCUCGCUGCUGAUUCCAGGGCUUCAAAUCAUUUUGCAGAGGAGGAAAAAAAAAUAUUUUAAACAAGCGGAAAAGUAUUUUUUAUCCAGUUAAGAUCCUUUUAUUCUAAAGGAAUUGAAUACAGUACAUAUUGUACUCCAACAAAAAUUCACCAAAACUAUAACUAUACAUCUGUGAGACUGAGAAACGUGUUUCUGCUGAUUGAUUUUUUGUGUGAUUUGAUCCCAGGUGUGGUAUUCAGAGUCCAAAUUUAAGUGUUCGGGUUUAAGUGUCUUCUGUCAUGGAGACGAAGAGAAUUGGAAAGAAAUGGUGUUGAAGUUCUGCUUUUUAUCAAGGGAACUCUGCAGGCUUGCCAAAGUCAACAGAGGAAAGGAGCACAGCCCUUUUUUGUAAAUGCAGCGGUGCACUACUGAAUUCUAUGCAAUUUAGCCAGCCUUAUUGCUUUUUGGACUGGUUGCUACCCUUCUUUGCUUAUCUUAAAGCCAUCUGCCUCUUCUAAAUAAAGCAGGUAUUUUUUUUUUAAGUUUUACUAUCUUUAUUUGGGGUAUCAACUGGAUUAGUGCUCAUAAAAUAUUAAUAUAUCAUAAAAUAGGCCUUUGCGAAAGUAUUUGUGACCCUUAAACUUGUUCACUUUUUGUUACAUUUCAAUCAGAAACAUUAAAGGUAUAGCGGAGAAUGCUCUUUUUCCAGGUGGAUCAUCAAAAUAAGUGGUCCUCCUAAUUUUCAAUCAUUCUGGUGAUAUGUUUACGUAAGGCCGUCCUACGUGUUCGUCCCCAUUUUCACUUACCGAUGGUGAAUCUGACAUACAGUAGUGGAAAAAUCCAAAAUCUUCUUUUGAAAGGUAAGCUUGUAUGAGCAAUGCAAACAGCAACUUUUAAACAGAGGGUGCACAAGCAGAAAUAAGCUCCUGCAUGCUCUUGCACAGUUUAAUAGGCGUUCCUUCUUGGGAGCGAAUACGGGGUUGUGCAGGUGCAUUUUUUUAAGGUGGAGAGGGCGGGUAUUUUCAAAAAUUCAUAAAAAAUCCUCCACUAUACCUUAAAUAUAUUUUAUUGGGAUUGAAUGUGAUUGACCAACACCAAACUCCAUAUCAGUAAAAAUCUAUGUCAGUAUCCAUAAUUCUUAGGUAGAAGCAAUAAAAUACUUAGUUUUACAUUUUGACAAUGUCAUCAUUGUCAUUUCUUUAAAAAUAUAAAUCUGAAAAGUGUGUCAGGAAUUGAUGUUCUGCCCUUCUGCAUUACAUCUUUGCAGAACCACCUUUUUAUAGCUGCAAAUCUUUUGGAGUUACCUUUCCAGGUUUGCAUUAGAGGCUAAACUUUUGCACAUUCAUCUUUUAAAAAUAUGCCAAACUAAAAGAAACUGGAUGUAGAGUUUCAGUUAGCAUUAAUUUUUGAAGUCUUGCCACAGUUCCUAAAUAAAUGUAUGUGUAGGGUUGGUAGCUCUCCAUACUCAAGUGUUUUGCAGCCUCUAAUAGGUUUAUCCUUGGCUGCUGAAAAAAAAAAACCCAUUAACUGAAAGUUUUUUAUGGUGAUGCUUAUUAUUUUUCUGCCUUACUAUUAUUUUUUUUAUAUAGAUAACAAAUAUUUCCAUCUGAUCUCCUCUAAAUAACCAGAGUUGCAGAAUACAAAAAGAAUAAUUGUCCUGUCCAAGUUUGUAGCUCUCUGCAGCUCAUCUAUAGUAACCAAAGCUCUCUUGGCUGCUUCAUGCUCGCCUGUUUAAAGCCGACGCAUAAAAUCCCAAUAAAACACGUUGAUGAUUGUAGCUGUAUCAUAAUAAAUGGUGAAAAAAGUUUAAAAAAUAUGACUGCUUUUCCAAGGCAGAGUGAUUGUUUGCCAGGUUUAGCUUGCUAUUGAUGCAGGCAGUGCUCUGCUGUUACUCACAUCUGCUUCACUGUGGAAAUGCCACUCGUGCGUUGUGCCCCUAAUUUGCACAAAUCAACACUUAGUUGCUUAAAAAUGGGACACAACUCGUUUCUGAUUUUUAUGCUGAAACCAAAGGGCAUAUUUUAUUUUUUAAGCUUAGAAAAAUAGUAAUUUUACUUGUCAAUAUCAUGCUGUCUUGCAGAGUCCUCUGCAGGAGAGCAGAUUCCUUAUUGCUUCGUUUCUUAGAACAGGGCUAGAAACCUCAGUCUGUACUUAAUGUCUGUCAGCAUGCGAUUGGAUAUACCCCAGAGGCCUUUUUUUUGUUUGUCAUUUUGCUGCAGAAUGGUAAAAUAAUUCAGCACAGAUUCUAAUCAAUGGAUGGAGAGACAAAAGGCUUUUUUGUUUGUUUCAAUCAUAUGUUUAUUUUUAAAUGUGAUUUAAUGGAUCCGGGUUAAGAGCUACUUCUAUCUUCAAGAUUUUCGGUGGGCAGAAUAUGAUGAAGCAUGUUUAUACGUGGGAAAGAAGUUCUGGGUCUCUUUUAACAUAUACUUUGAGCAAAACAAAUGUAUUUCUGACUGUUUACUGUCUCGUUAUAUUUUACAUUUGCGAAAAUGUGUAUUCUUUUUAACCAAACUGUGUUAACCAUUAAGCUUUGUUGCUAUUUUAGCUUUUAAUAACCUAAAACAUAAAAUUUUUGCAGUUAUUUUUUUAACAACUGACUCAAGAGAACGUUUUAGAUCAGUCUGCUUAAGGGGGAAAAUGUCAAACUGUUUGUAUAAAACCAGCCUGAUCAAUAACAAAGAGCCAUUCUGUUGUUUCUGCUGAACAUUACUCACAUUACUUAAUGACUGUAUGGACGUAGCAUUCAUGAACCACAGGUCUGAUGUAUUUCUGGCUCCUCCGAUCAUCACGUUACCAGCCAACCUAAGCAAUCUUCUUUGUCAUAAAGAAUAAACCCAGGAUUAAUAAUUCUGACUUUGUAAAGUUGUGUAAACUCAUUCCCAGUGCACAUGCCAACCACUGAUUUUUUCCAUUGUCCAAAACUCCUGCUAAGUACUAAAUGUCAGGUAUAACAUCUUGACCCUCUCAGUCAAAGCAGGUUUCCUUUUUUUUAGUUAAAAAAGCUUUAGCUCUUAUUUGCUGAAUGUAGCUUUACUGGAAGCCUCUAAAGACCUUAAAUAAUGUAGCUGUUAAAAACGCAGGGACACAUGGUGUUUGGUUACAUGCUGGGAACCUAAGUGUGAGUUUUUGCUUUACUAAACAAGUUUUCAAGCUUGCCACCAAGGCGUAUGUAAAUUUGCGUGAUAUGAAUGUUUCAUACUAAACAAAAAAAUGGGGUUUUAUACAAGGAUGUUUUUUUGAUAAAGUCUGGGAAUUUUUUUCGUUAAAAUUUAAUCUUUGCUAGUAAACAUUUCUGCUGUUUUAGGGAGGUCCAAGCUGCAGCAAUAUUUGCAUAGAAGCUGCUGAACUUUUAUCAAGUCCCCUGUUUUGAUGUUUAUUUUGCCUCAAAGGUAACAUCUUAAUUUCAAUUGGCUGUUGUUUAUUUAUAUUCUUUACUCUUAGAUUUGUAAGUUUAUUAUUUUUUUCUAAUAUUUUUGUUGAAAUUAUUUAUAUGGUAAACUCAUGAGGGUGGUGGGCUGUCCUAGUUUAAAACUGAUGAAUGUAUUUAGUUCAUUUUAGGGUAAUGUUAAAUAAAGUGGUGGAUUGGUAAUAAAA